AUGCACCUCCCGCAUUCCUCGACUCUACUUCUGCUUCUAGCAGCUGCAACAGCUCGCGCCGCCGACACUUCAACACCUUCUACGACUACAAGCCCCCCGGCAUGUACUGCAGCAUCUAAGAGCGGCACUGGGGCUUUCUAUGACUUGCGGCCGGACAUCGCCGUCAAGACCGAGGAGGGCAAGUCGUCCAAGGGAAGCGUCACCACAGACUACCACGCUAGAGGUUGGGAUUAUGGCCGCAACUUCACUCUCAACAUCUGCGCUCCUGUCCUUGAAGCGCUUGAUGACGUGGAAGGGUUGACAAAGAGCGAGGCCAAGAAUGUCAGCGCGUACUACACAUACAAGGGGGAGACUUACUCGAUAGGCUCAUCGUCUAUGGACAUUCAGAGUCGAGGGCGUAUACUAGUUCUCCAGUACAAGAACGGCUCGCCAUGCGACAAGUCCAAGUCCAAGCGAUCCAAGGCCCACGACGGCGCAUCUUAUAACAAGUAUGUCGACGACGACGAAACGACGGCUCUCAGCUCCUUCGGCAAGAGCGAGAAGAAGGUUUCGGCGCAAAAGGACGGCUCAGAUUCGACCCCCCGUCGCAAAUCAGCCACCAUUUCGUUCCACUGCGAUACCGAGCAGGUUGGCGGAGCCGCCCACAUCUCUUUUGUCGGCUCCGACCCUGAUGAUUGCGCCUACUUCUUCGAGGCUCGUUCGCAGCACGCUUGCCCCCGUGCGGAACCCCACCAACCGGGCAGCGUCGGUCCCGGUAGUGUCUUCGCCAUCAUCUUCGUCAUUGCCGUCCUCGUCUACUUUGGCGGUGGCGUCUUCUACCAAAGAACUGUUGCGCAUGCACGUGGCUGGCGACAGCUUCCCAACUACAGUCUGUGGGCCGGCAUUUGGAGCUUUGUCAGUGACAUCUUCGUCAUCGCAACGUCUUCAUGUGCCCAACUUUUGCCUGGAAGGCGGGGAUACAGUCAUCUGUCUGGAUCACCGAGCAGACGCAACCGCGAAGACGAGAAUCGGUUGAUAGAUCAGUUGGAUGAGGAAUGGGACGACUAG